AUGGCAACGCCUCCCUCGAACGGCAGCGGGCGGACUCGCGCAGCAGCCGGCACUGACAGCAGCAGCAGCAGCCCUCCGCCGGCGGCGGCUGUGCCCAAGUGGCACUACUCGCUCGCCUCGUCCUACGUCUUCUCCAUGGUCUCGUCGUCAGACGGGUCGCGGGUGGUCACCCCGCCGCCGGCGGCUCCCGUCGCUGUGGCCUCGAUUCACACUGCGACGUUUGCCUCCAACGCACCGAGCGAGGAUACCUCGGCGGUGGCGCUGGGAUCAAGCCAUGCGCUCGUCGGCGUCUUUGAUGGCCACUCGGGCCAGCGCGCCUCGGCCUUUGCCCGUGAUCACCUCUUCGCCUUUAUCGCCGCCUCGCUGGGCGACGGCCCAGCCUCGCUCGCCCUCCGCCACGGCUGCAAGCACAACGAGCUUGCGGCGGCGCUCGCCCGUGGCUUCCGCUGGGCAGAUGCCGCCUAUCUUGGCGAUGCUGCUGCCGCCCGCGGAGACCUUACUCCGGCGGAUGGCCUGCCAGGCGCCUGCUUGCUGGUCUCGUACCUCGCCGGCCGCGAUCUGUACGUGGCGUCUGCCGGUGACUGCCGGGCGGUCCUGGGCUCGACUGCUGCACCGGCGCGGCUUCCGGUCCGCCGGUGGGACGUGCCACCGGCGGUGGUGGCCGAAGCGCUCGACGGCGCCGCCGCCGGUCCGCCGGGCCUGGUGCUUGCGGCGCGGGAGCUUCGCGCAACGCGGUUUGCCACACCGCUCUCGCUGGACCACCACGGCGAGGAGCCGAGCGAGGUGGUGCGGAUCCGGGCCGAGCACGCCGGCGAGUUUGACGCCAUCUUCCGCGGGCGGGUCAAGGGCCGGCUGCAGCCGACCCGUGGGCUAGGCGACGGCAAGUACAAGUUCCGGGCGUUCAACAAGGCGUCGUCUGCAUCGCGGCGGAUCCCAAACCCGUACACGCCGCCAUACACGACGGCCGAGCCUGCAGUGUACCAUGCACAGCUGACGUCGUCGGACGCGUUUGUAGUCCUCGGCUGCGACGGCCUGUGGGACAUGUUCACCUCGGCCGAAGUUGUCGACAUGGUCUUUGAGUGGAUGGACGCGCCCGGCCCGUACACCAACUGUGCCGACUACCUCGUGGCCCGCGUCCUCGACAAAGCUGCUCGUCCGUUUGUCCUCUUUGCCGGUGCCGACGAGCCCAUCAAGGCUCUCGUCUCCCAACCAGCCCGCAAGCGCCGGCGGAUGUACGACGACACCACCGUCGCCGUCGUAUUCCUCGACACCGACAAGCUUGCCGCCGCCGCCACCAUCGACCUCUGGGGCGGUUACACCCUUGUCUCUGCCACGCUCCGCUCCGACGCCCGUGCCUGGGCCAUCCGCGGCGAGGAAGAUCUCGCCCGAUAA